AUGCCUUUGCCAGGUACCCCCUCGCCAUUCCGCCUAUCCCGCCGCCAACCGUCCACGCGCCGGAGUGGCCCGCAAUUCGCGAACUCCCCCCGCUUCCUCCUAUCGCAAAGCAACCCCCAGAACGGCAAGAAUGACCUCGAAAUAGUAGAUGAUGAUUACCCUCCAUCUACUGCCCCUGUGGGGAGCAAUCCGGCAUCACAGCGCAAUGCCAUCCCACCGCGUUGGAAGAGAGACGUGAUCGAAGACUGCGACGAAGAUGAGCUCCCCCGGAGCACAAGCACACACAAGAGAGGAACAGAACUGGUGGAUGAUGUUAUCGACAGUAGUCCACCCAAACCCCCCGCGACACCGGGACCCCUGGACCCCGAGUACGAGGCUCUGUUCGCGACUGUAGAAGAUAGUCACAAACGUCGACGCGUCUCAGAACAACCCUCUCUCGCCCAGAAACUGCAUGGAGGCAUCGAUCAGACAUCCUCUUCGCCAGAGGGACCAGGUCAAUUCGCAGCCCCAGAAACGCCUGCAUCGCCUGCGUCUCAUUCUCGUCCGCGCGCAGCGACACAAAAUCCCAACCCGGAAGCCACUCCAAGGAUGCCACCAAGACCCGUCAGAUGGACACCAGGACCUACCAGCACCCCCUUCCGGAGUAAACCCCGAUUCGUGCUCUCAGCCAAGAAACCACCAAGUAGCCAGCCUGUACUAGGAACCGAAACACCGGCACAGUCACAACCAACCUCAACGCCUCUCGAAAAGCGCAAACCGACGUUUGUGCUUCCCCGAUCUCCAUCUCCAAAUUCGAAGAAGGAAGAUAUCCCUGCACCAUUUUCGCCUUCUUCGCGUACUCUGCGUCGUCGUGGAAAAGCUCGCGCAGGUGCCACGAGCUACGUCCCUGGCGGCAUGGCAGCGGAUGUACGAAGCUGGAUCCUUGAGACUGGAUCUAAGCGGGAACAGGCUCUGCAUAGUCGGUUGUUGAAUACUGACUCCGAAGCCGGUUCGUCCGGCGCAUUAAGUCGGUAUCUUGUGGCUGUGCGGGUUGUCAGUGUCAGCCACGCAAUGCUUAGUAGCUCCGGUCCCUUGGCUUUUAUUACAGCAGAGACUGUGAAUGUCUCCAGGGACAAAGAAGAGGAUUCUAAUGUCCUCAAUAUCCUAGCUCUUGGACCUCCUAAAUCCAAGCCGCGGUCUUCGUCACGCUCCAUUCCGGUUCAGAUCCAGCGGGGUGAUUUGCUGGGGUUUCAUCGAGGUUUAGCUUGGAAUAUCGACCUCCAUGAUCCCCAGAUUUCCACAACCGAGGCUGACUUGGAGACUGCCUACUCGCAAGUCGAUGUACCCGAAAAUGGUAGGAAAUGCUGGCUGAUAGCUAUGGAAUGGGACCUGGUGGAGGAAGCCACUUGA